CGCUUCAUUCAGGCGAUGAUAUUUGCUAUUGAAGAGAUAAACAGGAGUCCUGUUCUGCUUCCGAAUAUUACACUUGGCUACAGGAUUUAUGAUUCAUGUAAUCUACCUUCGUUCUCAGUGAAAGCGGCUUUCGAACUGAUCAACGGACUGGAUCCAACAUUCCAGUUGCAGUCCUGUACCCCGCGCUCAUUGGUCCCUGCCAUCGUGGCGGAAUCGGGGUCUUCACUAUCCCUGGCGGUUGCGACUUCAAUAGGUCCGUUCAAAGUUCCCAUGGUUAGCUAUUUCGCUACAUGUGCCUGUCUCAGCGAUAGGCGACGAUUCUCGUCCUUCUUUCGAACGAUUCCAAGCGAUUACUACCAGGCUAAAGCCUUGGCGCAACUUGUCAGGCGGUUUGGAUGGACUUGGAUUGGAACCGUAUGGAGCGACAACGAUUAUGGCAACUUUGGAAUGCAGGCCUUCUCUGAAGCGGUUCAGGAGUUUGGCGUUUGCAUUGCUUUCUCCGAGUCUUUUCGCAGGACAUAUUCGAGAGAAAGGUUACUUCAUGUUACCCGCACUAUACAAACGGCAUCUACAAAAGUCGUGGUGGCUUUUCUCGCUCAAGGCGAUAUGACCAUGCUAUUGAAAGAAGUUGUUCGACAAAAUAUUUCUGGCAUCCAGUGGGUAGGGAGUGAAGCUUGGAUCGCCACUUCGCUUCUUUCUCCAGAGGAGAACAAGAAGUUCGUUACGGGUGCUAUUGGAAUCGCAAUACGUAACGUGAAUAUCCCGGGGUUCAAGGACUUCUUAACCAGCCUUCAUCCAUCUGCGUAUCCUGGUAAUGUGUUAAUUGAAGAAUUAUGGGAAAAGACUUUCGGCUGUAGCCUGAAAAGGUUCGAGAAUAUCACAGGUAGCACAACGCCUACAGCACAGCCUCAUCAAUGUGCAGGAACGGAGAGCCUAAAGACUGUGUCUAACACCUAUACAGAGGUUUCUCAACUGAGGGUGACCAACAAAGUUUAUGAAGCGACCUAUGCUAUAGCCCAUGCACUUCACAAUAUGUUUUCGUGUAAGAGUGGUGAAGGUCCAUUUGGGAAUCAGUCUUGUGCAAGCAUUUCAAGUUUUGAGCCAUGGCAGGUUUUGCAUUACAUGCAAUCGCUAAAUUUCACAACUCGCGUCGGGGAAAGGGUAAAUUUCGACGAAAAUGGAGACUCGUUGGCUACGUAUGAUAUUGUCAACUGGCAGGUGAACAGCAAGGGGAAUGCCGCUGUUUUGAUCGUUGGACAUUAUGACCGUUCCGCACCAUCAGGCCAGCAAAUCAUGAUAAAUGAAGGUUCUAUUUUUUGGAUUGGUGGUCGUAGAGAGGUCCCCCGGGCCGUUUGUUCGAACAGCUGUUCCCCUGGAACAAGAAAGGCAGCUCGUAAGGGACAGCCGAUUUGUUGCUUUGAUUGCAUUCCUUGCGCGGAAGGGGCGAUCAGUAACACAACAGAUUCAAUUGAAUGCAUGAGGUGCCCCAAAGAUUCCUGGUCCAAUGACCGGCAAGACAAAUGCAUACAGAAGCAGCUUGACUUUCUUUCCUUUGCGGAAGUGAUGGGGAUCGUUCUGACGACCUUGGCGCUGAUCGGAAGUUGCAUCACUGCCACGGUAGGUGGCAUUUUCGUGCUUCACAAAGACACUCCGAUCGUGAAGGCCAACAAUUCGGAGCUCAGCUUCCUUCUUCUCCUCGCACUGAGCCUUUGCUUCCUGUGUUCAAUCGCAUUCAUUGGUGAGCCGACUGCAUGGUCCUGUAUGCUACGCCACACUAUGUUUGGUGUUACUUUUGUCCUUUGUGUCUCCUGUGUUUUCGGCAAGACUGUUGUUGUGGUGAUGGCAUUUCAGGCAAAACUACCCAGCAAUAAUGUGGCCAAGAGGUUUGGUUCCCGACAACAACGCCUGACUGUGUUUCUUCUUACACUGUUACAAUGCCUAAUAUGUACCGUCUGGCUCAUCAAAUCACCACCCUUCCCUGUCAAAAAUAUGGCCUAUUCGAAAGAAGUAAUCCUUCUGGAAUGUGAUGUGGGAUCAGAUGUUGCAUUUUACUGCGUCCUGGGUUACAUUGGCUGCCUGUCAUUGGUUUGCUUUGCCGUUGCCUUUCUGGCACGAAAUUUGCCGGACAAUUUCAACGAGGCGAAAUAUAUCACAUUUAGCAUGCUAAUUUUCUGCGCUGUUUGGAUAUCUUUCAUUCCAGCUUAUGUCAGUUCUCCCGGGAAAUUCACUGUGGCCGUGGAAGUUUUCGCAAUUUUAGCUUCCAGUUUCGGCUUACUUUUCUGUAUCUUUGCACCAAAAUGUUACAUUAUAUUGCUGAAGCCGGAGAGAAAUACAAAGAAGCAUUUAAUGGGAAAGGUGUGUUCUAAAUCGUGA